UAUGAAGGAUAUGGGUGUGUAUGUGUAUCAUGUUUGCGUGUGAGUUAAUGAGACAGUGAUAAAGAAAGAGAAAGAGAAAGAGAUAGAAAGAGAGAGUGAUAGACAGUGAAACAGAGAGGGAGAAUGACAGAGAGAGAGAGAGUGAGGGUGAGGUGUAGCUGGCGUAGACGAAGGGGAGAGUGAAAAUACAAGCAGACAGACAGUCUGUUGUGUACGGCGAGAGUUAAGACAGUCUCUUGUGUAUAAACUCGAAUUAAAACAGUAUGUUUAGAUACAGUUGUAUACGCGCGUGUGUCAGUAUAUAGCUGCAGUUAAGACAGCGAUACAUACAUAUAUAUACAUAUAUAUUUAUAAAUCGUACAGUUAAGACAAGGUUCUGUGUGUUUGGAGUUAAAGACACACAUCUGCGUGUAUACAGGUGGAGUUUUAAGAGACAAAUCGUAUGUUUCGAUCAGUUCAUAAUGAAUGGAUUAAAUACUUCCCCGGAUAUAAACGCAGACGACCCUCCUAAAAUACAUGUCGAUGAGGAUGAUCCCAUUGCUGAACUUGAAAAUACAUUCGACGCCUCCGGUGUUACAAUUAAAACUGACCUUUGGGUAACAGACAAUUAUGAAAUCUCGGACGUCCUUUUGGGUAGGGGCAAGUUUGGCGAGGUGAAAGUUUGUACAGAACGGCAAACUGGCCAAGAGUUUGCAGCCAAAUUUUUGAGUGUCCGUGGAAUGCAAGGUCGGAAAGAUAUUCGAAAUGAGAUAGAUAUAAUGAAAAGUCUUCGUCAUCCCAGACUUCUGCAAAUGUACGAUGCUUACGAGCGAAGAGAUAAAUUCUGUCUCAUCUUAGAAUUGGUUUCUGGUGGAGAGCUAUUUGAACGUGUGAUCAAUGAAGAUUUCUAUUUGACGGAAAGAGCCUGUGUGAUUUUCCUCAGACAGAUCUGUGAAGGAGUUGAAUUCAUACAUUCGAAAAAUAUUUUACACCUGGAUAUGAAACCUGAAAAUAUACUUUGUAUGACCCGAACGGGUAAUCGAAUCAAAAUCAUCGACUUUGGGUUAGCUCGAAGAUUCGACCCAAGAGACGACAUGAGGGUAUUGUUUGGAACACCUGAGUUUAUUGCUCCGGAGGUGGUGAACUUCGAACCAAUCAGUCAUCGCACUGACAUGUGGAGUGUGGGCGUAAUAACAUACAUACUAUUGUCCGGGUUGUCUCCUUUCCUCGGUGACAAUGAUAACCAAACACUUUCAAAUGUCACCUGUGCUCAGUGGGACUUCGAUGCAGAAGAAUUCGAAAGUAUAUCUGCUGAGGCCAAAGACUUCAUCACAAAGUUACUGGUUAAAAGACCUACAAAACGAUUGUCAGCCACAGAUUGCCUUGAACAUACAUGGUUAAAGGAUGCAGUCUCUAAUGUCAACCCAUGGGAUGAGGCUUACCGAGAUCAUUUAAAAGACACUUGUGACUAUGCAUUACCUUUCUUAAAUAGAUCAGGAGGACGAAAAACAAAAUCUAACCAUCGAUCUACCUCAGAGACAGCUUCUCACGAUAGAACUCUGUCAAAAAAGCGAUUGAAAAAAUUUGUUUCUCGUAGAAAAUGGCAGAAGGCAACAAACGCCAUGGUUGCUCUAAAACGCAUGGGAGUCCGGUUGGUAUAAUAAAUAUCAAUAUGAACAUUGUUACGGUAGUCUGAGUGCUACAUAUUUCUGCAGUUGGUUGUCUUCAUUGAACGAACCGUCCACAUCUACCUAUGUCAAACUGUAAUCUCCACAGGAAGACUCUUUUAUUUUUUUUUUUUUUCUGUUUACUUCUUUAUUCACACCAACACACAUUCCUUUAAGACGUCACUGACAAUAUCUAGAAGAUACUUAUUAACGAUUAUAGGAUCUUUUUUAAAACGGGGGCCACAUUUUUCAUUAACGAAACACUUUGAAACUUGGAACACUGGUAGAAUGUGUCAUAUAAAACAUCUUUUUCUCUUAGUCUUCUUAAAAAAAAAAGAAAUCCAUAAAUUAUUCCAUGUUAAAGUUGUCGUAUUUCUGUAAUUUCAACCAAUCACUGACGUCCAUUCAGCCGAUAUACAUUAAGUGCCGACUACAUAAACAAACGAUUCUGAAACAAUUAACCCUAACCCUAAC